CCCGCAGCGGCGCAGAGCAGCAGCAGCGACACUCUCACAGCAAAAGAACAACUUGAGUGUGGAGAGAAUGACACUUCCUCUGCUUUUCUGACUGGACAUGGCCACUUAUGGUUCAACAAGUCGCACCUGAGCUCUCCGAGGUGGUUUCUGUGGUAACCGUGGAGCCGUGGAGCCGUGUCCCCGGUGCGACGUGGAGUUAAACAGCCGCGUUUGAGGUGUUGUGCUCGGAUAAAUACAGCAACAGACGGAAUUAAAGAAAUCCCUGCAAGGAUACGUCAGAUUUUGCAGUUACACGCAUUUGCCGACCACUUCCCCUUCAUCUGUGGAACACUAGAUUGCAGAGGACUCACUGAGAUGUCAGAAUGGAUGACUUUCAAAACCCUGAAACCUGUAAAAUAUGGACCAACAGCCAUUUAAUGAUCAUGAUUUGACGAGUGCUUUUGGAACUGUGUGAUCCUGAUACAAAUGCUCUCAGUCAUGUUGGAGCCUGGAUCUGUGGAUGAGGGAGUAUUAUGUGGUUCGCCAUCAGCCUGCAAGUUUGUUUUUCUGCCGUGUUUGCACAGAGAGACAUAUGACCUUAACUUAAUGUAUGCAGCAACCCAGUUUUUCGUCUGGAGUGCUGGUUCUGCCUGCUGCCUGCAGCCGGGAUCCCCAAUGGAUAGUAAAGUUACAUUGUUCACAUCCUUAAUUUCUUGUGACAUGUCUGAGUAGAUUUUUGUGUUCAGUUUGAGGAAAAAUGGAGGAACUAAGGACAUUUUCUCACUGGAGCCUUUACAUUAAUGAAGUUAAGAUCAAAGGAAUUUCCUCUGUUUAAAAUUUUACCCCAAUGGGAUAAGAACUGACAAAAACUGAACUGUUGAAGACUGUAAGACUGAACAGUUAAUUACUGAAACAAUCUGGACUACUCCUCAUCCUGGGUCCCAGAAUGCAUUGCCCAAUGAGAAAGAAACGUCCAACACGUGAGUCUGAUUUCUCAGCUAUCGCCGUUCCCUCGAUGCACGGGUCCGGGUACCUUGACUACACAGUUGAGACCCACGCUUCCAAGUCCAUGAAGGUCAUGGAUGAGUUCAGACGACAGGAAAUGCUAUGUGACCUGGUGCUACAUGUCACAUACAAAGAAAGAACAGUGGACUUUAAGGUGCACAGAGUAGUACUGGCGUCGUGUAGCCCUUACUUCAGAGCCAUGUUCACCAGCAGCUUCAAAGAGUGUCGUGCCUCGGAGGUCACCCUGCGUGACGUCUGCCCCCAGGUGGUGGGAAGGCUCAUUGACUUUGCCUACACUUCCCACAUCACCGUGGGAGAGAAGUGUGUCUUGCAUCUUCUUUUGGCUGCAAUGAGGUAUCAAAUGGAGGAUGUGGCCAAAGCAUGCUGUGAUUUUCUCACUAAGCACCUUGGGCCAUCUAAUGUCAUCGGCAUCGCCCGCUUUGCCGAGGAGAUCGGCUGUGUAGAGCUGCACCAGCGCAGUCGAGAGUAUAUUAAUACACACUUCAAUGAGGUGACUAAAGAAGAAGAAUUCUUCAGCCUUUCUCACUGCCAGCUGCUGGAGCUCAUCAGCCAGGACAGUCUCAAGGUGCUCUGUGAGUCUGAGGUAUAUAAAGCCUGUACAGACUGGGUCCGCUGGGAUUUGGAGGGUCGAGCUCAGUACCUGCAUGCCCUCCUGAAUGCAGUCCAUAUCUGCGCCCUGCCUCCCAAGUUCCUAAAGAACCAGCUCCUGUCCUGCCCCAUCCUCAGCAAGGCCAAUUCCUGUAAGGAUUUCCUUUCUAAAAUCUUCCGGGAUAUGACAUUAGGGAAGCUUCCUCCUGCACCACUCCGUGGAACCCAACUCAUCUAUGUCGCUGGCGGAUACCGGCAGCAUUCACUGGCUUCCAUGGAGGCUUAUGAUCCCAGGAGGAAUGUCUGGAUAAAACUGGCUGACAUGGACACUCCGUGCAGUGGCCUCGGAGCUUGCGCACUCUUUGGACUGCUCUACACUGUUGGUGGCAGGAACCUGUCGCUUCAAAACAACACUGAGUCCAGCGCCCUCUGCUGCUACAACCCCAUGACCAACCAGUGGAGCCAGCGGGCCUCCCUCAAUAUCCCCAGGAACAGAGUCGGGGUAGGCGUGGUGGACAGCUGCAUCUAUGCUGUAGGAGGUUCCCAGGGCUCCACACAUCACAACACGGUGGAGAGGUGGGAUCCAGAGUCUAAUCGCUGGUCCUUUGUUUGCCCGAUGUCGGUGGCUCGUCUGGGUGCCGGGGUGGCAGCAUGUGGGGGGGCUCUGUAUGUGGUCGGGGGCUUUGAUGGGCAAAACCGCUGGAACACUGCUGAGAAAUACCAGGCUGACACUAACACCUGGCAACAACUGGCUCCCAUGAGUACUGUACGCAGCGGAUUAGGGUUAGUAUGCGUCAACUCUUACCUGUAUGCUAUAGGGGGCUAUGAUGGACGGAGCCAGCUGAGCUCUGUGGAGCGUUACAAUAUAGCCAGGAACAUUUGGGAGCCCAGAGCCUCCAUGCAGUACUGUCGCAGUGCACACGGAGUCACAGUCCACCAGGGAUGCAUCUUUGUGCUAGGGGGUUUUAACCAGCAUGACUUCCUGUCCAGCGUGGAGUGUUACUGUCCAGAAAGAAACGAAUGGACCUGCGUCACCAACAUGACAGUUGGACGCAGCGGCAUAGGAGUCGCUGUUACCAUGGAGCCUUGCCCUGGCAACCUACCCGAAGAAGAGGAGGAUGAAGACGGAGCCACAUAGGAUGAGAACGAAGUCUUUUGAAGUCUGAAGUGUUGAAUGCAGUUCGAAGUGAUGCUGCUUUUUAAGAGAGGGUUAAGUGCAUUAAAAAAAACAUUCCAAUACAAAACCCCUCACACAUCCCGCCUGCAAGGAUCUCACUUGUGUCGCACCGUGAGGUACUGCAGGUAGAGUUUGUAUGAAAAUGGACGUGUUGACGUGGCAGAGUAUUCCUACAUCGACCAGGGGAUGAAGCGAUACAGAAAAAAACUGGCACAUUGCAGUGACCUCGCAAUGAACAAGGUGCUACAGAUAUAAUCUCUAAUAAAACUUCUAUUUAAUUGAAUAUUGUUUGUUAUCUUGCAAAUUUCCACGUCUGAAAGUAAACUAUGAAUACCCUUCAGUAUCCUAGUGUUUAAUUCCUCUCAGUAUGUAUCUCUACCUCUAGCUGUGUCUCCCUGUCUAAAUGAGCACUUUUCUGAUGUGUUUUCUUCAUUUGUGCCAAUAUAGUUUCACCAGGAACUGCCAAUUUUUUUUGGAUUUCAUUUGUGAUUUUUAUUUUAUUUUAUUUUUGUGAAUUCACUUUCUUGACAUAAAGUUAAUCAAAUAAGCUUUA